AAAUAGGACGAGGUCGAAUUAGGGUUACGACGACGACCACAACGGAGGUCUGAGAGUAUCUCGAAUUCAGCAACGCUCCUUUUCCCGUUCAAACUUGUAUCUCGACAACUUUCAACAGCAAGUCCUUGUCACAAAAUGCCUCGCGCCCCUUCUACCUACUCGAAGACCUACCAGGUCCCCAAGCGUCCCUAUGAACUUGCCCGUUUGGACGCUGAGCUGAAGCUUGCCGGUGAAUACGGUCUCAAGAACAAGAAGGAGAUCUACAGAAUUGGACUCCAGCUGUCCAAGAUCCGAAGAGCUGCUCGUGACCUUUUGACUCGUGAUGAGAAGGACCCCAAGCGUCUGUUCGAGGGUAACGCCCUUAUUCGUCGUCUCGUCCGCAUCGGUGUCCUUAGCGAGGACAAGAUGAGACUCGAUUACGUGUUGGCGCUCAAGAUUGAGGAUUUCUUGGAGCGGAGACUCCAGACCCAGGUCUUCAAGCUCGGCCUGGCCAAGAGCAUUCACCACGCCCGUGUUUUGAUCAGACAGAGACACGUUCGUGUCGGAAAGCAGAUUGUGAACGUUCCUUCGUUCAUGGUUCGUUUGGACUCGCAGAAGCACAUUGACUUUGCUCUUACUUCGCCUUACGGAGGUGGCCGUCCUGGACGUGUGCAGCGCAAGCGUGCUGCUGCUGCUGCCGGUGGAGACGAGGAGGAGGCUGAGGAGGAGGAUGACGAGUAAAUCUGAAGUCUAAAAUAAAAAGUGUGUCUGUAUAUUGAGAAGAGUUCUUCUGGAAUAAAAGCAUGUAUGUUCUAGGAUUGUGCCAAUAAAGUAAUGAUUAUAGGAUAAG